UGGAUAUCCUGCGUAGCAGUGGUGGCAAACUUCACAUGUAGGCUAGAUCAGAAGUUAGGACAAUAUCUAUCAACUUGCGACAAUCCUGUUAAAUGUAUCAAACUCCAGCAAUUUGCACUGAAAUCUAUAGAAAGCUGGUCUUCUUUCUUUAGUUUCUCCUCGCCCUGUCUGAGUAUGGAUUCCAGAUACAUUUUGGAGCAGACGUCGGUUGGGACAAGGGUCGUUGGGGCGGAUUUUAACUACCGGGCAGGCCGCUCUGUGCUGUGCGACACCCGGGUCCCCACGGUGGAGAAAAACGGUCCCAUGCCGGUGUUCACAAACGGGCCCGUCUUUUACAAAUUGUUAAUGGACGGCCGCUCAGUGUCGGGGGUUAAAGGCGAGCGAAUCUCUCCCAACGGGAAUGGCCGAAUAUUGCACGACGUGGAAAAAACUGGCCUUGGGGAGCAAAAAGACACAGGUUCCUCUGGGAUCUUGAAGAGGGCCAGUCCUACUCACUGCCCAGGCACCAAUGGGCAGUCCCCAGGCGGCUUCAUGCACUUGGACAUCAGGAACCCAGGGAAACAGGCAGAGCUGGCCGACAACUUUAGAGCAGCACAUGAGUGGAUCAUCCCACCGACAGAGAUCCAACCCCUUCCCUCCUCCCACAUCCCCGUCCCCAGAAACAGGAAGCCCUCAGGUCAUGCUGAUAAGGAAGUGAUGGCUGCCACCGUCCUGACCUCACUAUCCACAUCUCCGCUAGUGCUCAACCCUUCCUCUGCACCACCAGAGCCAGCCAGCAGGGCUUGGAAAGACGUUCUGUCAGAUAGCUACAGCAGUUCGACAAGUGGCAAUUGGAGCUGGGACACCAGCGACCAAUCGGUGCCCUCCACACCGUCCCCGCCUCUUUCCAAUGAUGCCAACAAGAACUUCCAGCUCUUGACCCCGGGGGAUGAUGUUAAUGAAGAUGUCACAGAGAGCACACACUUCAUGUUUGAGGAUCCCAUACCUCGCAAGCGGAAGAACUCCAUGAAGGUGAUGUUCAAAUGCUUGUGGAAGAACUGUGAAAAGGUCCUCAGCACCUCCUCAGGGAUCCAGCGACACGUUCGCACCGUCCACCUGGGGCGAAACAGCGACUCAGACUACAGCGAUGGAGAGGAGGACUUUUACUACUCAGAGAUAGAGGUCAACAUGGACAGCCUGACAAAGGGCUUGUCCAGCCUCACCCCCACCUCCCCCACCACGUGCGGCCCUCCGCCUGUCUUCCCUCCACCGCUCACUGCUGUCCCUCACUCCGAACACAUCAACAUGAACAGUUCUCACAGCCCAACUCCGACACUGCUGAGUCAGUCAGCUCCUUCCACCCUCUGCCACAUCCGCACUGACCAUGCCUACCAGGGGGCUGUGACCCACGUCCGGACCAUCAGCAUCGGUGAGAAGCGGCAGCCGGCAGCCAUCACACACAGCACUGCUAUCAAGAACCAUGCUUUAAUAACACCUGCACCUAAAUCAACACCAGGAACCAGGAAACCCCGUGGGGAAGCAAAGAAGUGCCGAAAGGUGUACGGCAUGGAGAAGAGAGACAUGUGGUGCACAGCCUGUCGCUGGAAAAAAGCCUGUCAGAGAUUCACCGACUAAUCCAGUCCCCUUCCCGUGUCUGUGAGAUGAGUUCUUCCUCGCUCGGAGCGACAGCUGUAGAUGGACUCUUCCACUGAGGAGACGAGGGGAGUUUCUUCACGAUGGAGCGCUAUUCUCCUCCAUCCCAGCAGGGCGUGCGCCUUCUGUCCUCCCUGUUUGCAAACACAAAGAAAAAGAAAAAUGGUGGGUAAAAACAAAGAAAAAAUCAGCAAGAAAAAAAAACUUUGUAAGUUUUGAGACUUUUUGAAGACUUUUUCACUCAUCAAUAAGGAACACAUUUAAUAUUUCUAAUUUCUCACAGCCUCAACUCCAGGCAAUGUUUAUAGACUACAGAUGAGCUUUUUGUUCAACUCUGUGGGUGAUUAUAUGAGCAUCCUGUAGUCUACUGUUUAUGACUUUUUGGAUGUUCAAGGGUUAACACAAGAUUUACUCGCUCUGUAGCAGAUCCUUUUUCUUUGUCACUGUGUAAGGGACUUCAAACCUACCAAAGGCAAAAAGCCUGUUCACUUACAACGAACAGUUUAAAUGUACGCCUGAAUCCAGCAUCACUGUCUUUUGCAGCCCUACUGGAUAUCAAUUUUAUGUUUAAGUACAAAUUAUUCAUCAUCUACUUCCUGUUCCUUAAGCAACUUCAGUACAGCCAGCUUUACUUCAUGUGAUUUUGCAUCGAUGCACAUAUUUUGUGGUACAAAAAGAUUCCCCUUGACAAAAUAUUUCUCAGAGAUGUACACAACAUGAAAUAUUUCUUCUUCUCUGUUCUUACCCGAGAGAUAUGCACCUUGAAGAACUAAGACAUCUUUUAGAGGAUCACUGAAAUGUCAGUGGAUGUCUUGUAUAGAGUUUAUUUUCAGCAGUGGCUGAAGCAACUAGCAGUUGCACUGUGCAAUCGACAGGAUUACAGCAUUUAAUAUUGUCUUGCUUUGUGGUUGUCAUUGUUAUUAAGGUGAGGCAGGAAAGGCUCAUUUUUUUCCCUUUGACAACAGGUUAUUUUUAAAAAGAUUGUUUACCACAAUGAAUGAUAACUGCCCUUUGAAACGUAACUAACGUAACUUGACUGACUAAUGUAACUUUUGUAUGUAAGUUUAUAACAUAGAGAUUGUAACCCAACAACCACGACCUGCCGUUAAGUCAGGUAUUACAAAUAAUCUCUAAACAUUUUAGGAAGGAGAUGUUCCGAAUAUCUUUAACUAACCAGCAUUGCAACAUUUCUAGAAGCCUAACUUCAUAGGAACAAAGACUAUUUACACAUUUUUUUGUAAAAGUUUUUAACCUUUUAGAGUGAUAUUUUGUUCUGGUCUAACAUUUGGGAAUGAAUAGUGAGAAUCAAACCAAGGUGUCGGUGGUCGACUGAUUGAUGCUGGAGUAAAAAAUGAUGUUUCAUCAAGUAAAGAUUUCCAAUCUUUCCCUAUUUAAAAGCCUUCCAAACUUAAGAUUAAAUAAUCAUGUGGUAACACUUUUUGAUAGAAUGAAAUUGUAAUUUUUGUAUAUAUCCCUUUCACCUGUAUUUAAAAAAAUAAAGAAUAGAGCAAUAUGAAUUCCUAUUUAAAAUUAGAACCCUUUAAUUUUAAAAGAUGUAUUGUGUUUCUAAUUAUUAUCAAAGACGUACAACAAUGAAACCUUCCAAGUAUUUAAUUCUUCACAGAAGCUUAGAUCUUUAUUUGAUAAGACACCGUGGAGUGAAGUAAAAUGAAUCAACCAGUUAUUCUUUGAAGGUUUCCAGCAUAAAACUGAACACCUGCAGGGUGAAUUGUGUUUGUAAUUGUCAUAUUAUGGCAUGGAUAGGAAACUUAGGAUGUAUCUCCUUCUGGUGCUAAUACUAAUGAAAGUACAAGACAUUAUUACAAACCAGUAGUCAUACUUACGGACAUUUUUAGAUAAUGAUAACAUUCAGAGAUACCCUGAAGAGAGAGCGACUUUUUUACUCUUUCCAAUGGUUAGUAAUAUUUUUUAUUUAAAUGACAAUGAUUGAAGACAAUACUGGUCGUGUCAAGAUGAUAACCUACUUCCCAAAAAACAGGCCAAUUUAUUUAUUUAAACCAAACAAACACACAUCUGUCUCAAAGGGCUUCACAAUCUGUACAUGGCAGACGCUUUCUAUCAUUAGACCCUCAGUUUCUCUACUUGGAUAAAGGAAAUCUCCUCCACAUUUAAUAGACUGAACUGCUCUCAGAAUCCCGACAGUAAAUGUAGAUUUUUGAAGAUGCUGUCUGAAUGUAGAGUCUGCGUUGUGUCCUCUACUCUCUAAGCGCUCCCGACACUGACCUGACCUGAUCACCAAAACGACGGCACAAACACUGUGCGCUGUCCUCUCCUAUACGAGCAGGCCGACCGGCAUUCGAGCUGACUGCAUGACUGAGGUACAUGACGACUUCAGACCUCUGUCGCCAUAGAAACAACUGUGCUUUCCCCUGUCGCCACAAGGUCACUCAGCUGUCUGCUGUGGGCUGCAGCCACAUUAUCGGUGACCAGUUAUCACUUUUCAUAAAACUAGAAAGCAGAUGUCAGUUAAUUAGGGACUUAAAGUCGAAUAAAUUAAACACGCAUGAAAACUAUCAUUAUAGUUAAUGAUAUUUCAUUCACUUCCAGUAAUAAGCCACCAUUUUGUUUGGAUACGCACGAUCCUGCCUGUAAAUCUUUAUUUCUAGUGGCAUCCCAGAUAAGCUUCCUCCUCUUCUGGUCAGAAACUUCACAAAGUGCCAAUGAAAAGAACACGAAAAAAGGAAAAAGCUAUACUUACCUGAUGAAAUUGCACUAUGUUGCACUACGCAAAAACAUGUUUUUAUACAUGGACAUUUUAUAUACACACAUUUUGAAGUGAAAGAAUGUUCCUUUUUUGUUCUCAAGGGGGCGGGAGGGAUGUCGUCACUGCCCGAUGGAAUAAAUGGGGUGUCAGGGAAAGGGUGUUUUGUACCUUUGGGGUCCCCCAUUACUAGCAAGUCAACUCUACAUUAAGUGACAGUUAAUGUCUUGCUCUCUGUGUCAGAUUUAUUGUACCAAACACACUGGCUGGUUCUGAAGUGUGGUAUUGGGAAGUACAGUGUGGUACUUUGGUAGUUAGUCACUCUGCCUUCGCUUAGAGGAGUGCAAAGGGCUGAAAGCAGCACCUGCCUUGUCUCCGGGAUUGGAAAACACCGGUCUUAGUCAGCGGCUACACAUUGAUGUCUAGAUAACAGAUGCUUUUACAAUGCUUCAUUGCCUGGAGUUUUUCUUCACAAUACUCACACGUUUUAUCCAUAACAUUUAUGCUUCCUUUCCUUUUUACGUUUCCCUGAGCUGAGGUAGUUGAUACAGUUAUUAGUGCUGGAUACAGCUGUUACUUCUGUUUGUUGAUGGAGUGUCGAAUUCAACCCAUCAGGUGUCUCUUCAUCCAAAGCACUUUUAGAUUUCACCAGCAGGAUUAGAGGCCGGUGUUUUUACUGGCAGUGAACAGGACUGUUGAUGUUAUCAGGCUCCUGUGGUGGUCACUAUUUCACCUUCACCAGUCAUCAUAUUUCUGGUGGACCAUCAGUCCCAUCCUCGUGAACGCAAUUUCUCAAGAACACCUUGAGGGAUCUCCUUUGAAUUUGGCUCAAAUAUCCACUUAGACUCUAGGAGGAACAGAGUAGAUUUUGCUGGUCAACGCUGACAAAACAGGUUUUUGGCAUAACCCAUACUUUAAUUCUGACAAAACCCACAUAACACUUUUUGUUAAAUCCCCUCAAAGUCUUAUUCACAUAUACUAUAAGAGUCUAGACAGACAUGGAUGUAAACUGCAACUUGACUAGUUGGUGGAGUCAUAAAAUUGUGAGGUGGUUAUUGUAGUUUUUUCAUUGCACUAAAACUGGUCUGUGACGAUCAAGCCAGUAAGAGCUUGGCUUGUGUCAUCAUGGCCAGAAAAAAUUGCGGGUACAAAGUUGCUCUUGUGGAAAUUGAUGAGGAGUUUUUCACCUGUGAAAUAAGGGGUUGAAAUUGAAGUUGAGUGUGCAGGGAAAGUUGUUUGAGAGCAGACACGGGACACGCAGUGACGAUAUAGAUGGAUUUGUAGUUUCAGGGCUUUCUUGUACAUAUGCAACAUAAAGAGAACCGCUUUUUCGUAUAUAUUUUGUUUCCUUGUUGUUGUUAUUUUGUUUUAUGAAAAGUAAACUUUUUUUACAUUAUAGUUGCUCAGAAUAUUUUCUUUCAUUUUUUUUAAAAAGUUGAUUGAGAAGCUAUAGUGAACAUAACACGUAAAAGAUUCAAUGUAUAUUGUAGCUUUGAGGCAAAGGGGAGAAAAAAAACCUGUUGAAUGUAAAACCCACAAAAACAAAAGUCUUUUUUUGUUCUUAUAUUUGCUCGCUAGUUUGUACUGCCUGUAGUAAACCUUCUUUUAACACCCACAGCUGUCGCCACACUGCUAAAUCAUAUCAAAUAACGCAACCAUGCAGUAUUGCUUUACAAUUUUCCUUUGUGUAAUGAGAUGCUUUAUAGGGGAACAAGAACUAACUUCAGUUUCUGUGACAUCUGGGCAACAGUGUAAGCAAGUAGCUUACACUGUUGAUAUUUGUCUUAUUUCUAUCUCCCUGCCAAAUGGUAAUUUUCUUAACGUGUUUAUCAUCGUUGUGAAUGUUGUUUUUGGUUGUGAUGUUAAGUUGUUGUUAAGCAGGAUAACAUUCGACCUUUGGUCACAAUGAACAUUUUAAUUUUGUGGGUAUAUCUAUCCUGUCCUGCACAUUCCAACUGACAGCACACUUUUAGAGUCUUCCCCUUGUUUCCCAAAAGACGUAUCCUUCCCCUUUCCUCCUCACUACAGUGAUUCUUCUCUGAACACCUUGUCCUUUUGCAUUAAAUGUUUUUUCUACCAAGCUUUACAGUGGUCCCACCCAAGCCUUUACCCAGUUUAUUAAGCUAAAUUAAACCCUUCAAAUGUGCAUCAAAAAAAGCCUUUAUUUUUACUUCCACUUGUUGAAAUUGAUGUGCUGCUUUCUUGAAUGUCAGUGUGUUUAUCUAUGUGAAAACCAGCAGCAGCAAAGCCAAUAGAUCUCCUUCCAAAUCAAAUGUAAUGUAAUGCAUUGCAAUGGCAGCUCCUCCCAAUUCUCUGCUUCCUCUGCGCUUUUAUUAUUCGUCCAAGCAUUGUACUCCUUUUUUUGUCAGAUCGUCUCUUUUGAUUUGAUUUUUUUCUGUUGUGUUUUUACUGAGCCUUACACUGGCUGGUGUGAAAACUGACUCCUGCUUGUUUUCGUUUUCUCAUUGAUUGAUUGAUUGAUUGAUUGAUUGUCUGGUUAAAUUUGAGGGUUUUUUUGCAUGUCUAUUAUCGCUUCUUUUUUUUUUUCGGAGAUACAACACUGAAGGGUUUUCUGUGUUAGAUUUCCCCUUACAGUAACUGAUAACCAAAGGCUGAUGUACUUUGUUUUCCUCAAAAUAUAACAAUGCUCAUUGCAGCCUGACAAAGACACACACACACACACACACACACACACACACACACACACACACGAAGCUAAAAGCAUUUCUUAAAGGAAACGUGACAUCAGCCUCGGGUCUUACUGGAAGGCAACAUUUCUCCUGUGUGUGGGCUCAGACUCUGUUCUUCAUCAGCAGUCCCACGCACAUGGAGGAAGCACUUUCUGAGGAGUGGUGCACUCAAGGAGUAUUUGUAUGAAUGUCAAGCCUAUGACUAGUGCUGGAAAAGAUGGAUGACCAUGUAUGAUGCUGAUAAUGUGAUCUAUGUGAUGUAAUGUGACAGAAAGAAAAAUAAACCUGAAUGGAAGAA